AUGUUUUGGCGAUUUGGCGGAUACGCCAACAUCUCCGCCAUCGAUACUCUUCUCGACAAGCCCGAUGUUACGUUAGAGGAGCUGCUGGAUGAGAGCGAUCUGAUACAGGAGCUCAAGCAAAGCAACUCAAAGCUCCUGGAAUAUCUGCGUGAGGGCAAGACUCUGGGGAGGCUGCUGGAAUACGUGGUAGCGCCAAAGCCCGAGACUUUGGUAGCUGAAGAUACAGAUACCGAGGCUACGGAGGACACAGAGGAUGAAUUCGAACCGAGAGGAAAGAACCGCGAUGUAUCUCCGAUCCGAUCGACCCUCGAAGACGAUGGGGCUGAGAGGGAAAAGAAGCGGACUCGGUAUGCCUACGUUGCUGCAGAGAUUCUGUCUUCGGACAAUUGGUCGAUAAGCGAGUCCCUGGUAGAGAUACCGGAGAAUCAGGCUCUUCUACGCAAAUUCUGGGGCUUUCUGAAGUCAUCGCCGCCUCUCGAUCCUCUCCAGGCCAGCUAUUUUACCAAGGUCAACGAAUCUCUGCUCGACAAGAAGACGGAGGAAAUGCUCGACCUCUUCAGGUCUCUCGAUGGAGUCGUCAAGAACAUGCUCCAGCAUGUGGACUCGCCCAUGGUCAUGGAUCUGCUUCUGAAGAUCAUAAGCUUAGAGAAAGCCGAGGGCGGCCAGGGAAUUGUUGACUGGCUGCACUCGCAAGAUUUGAUGCCGAUUCUCCUUUCUUUCUUGUCCUCCGAGCACUCAUGGGCGACCCAAACAUCCGCAGGAGACUUUAUGAAAGCCAUCAUCACCAUUUCCGCAAAUGCUUCCCAAAACGAGCAGUCUUGUAUAGGUCCGAACGAACUAACGCGUCAGCUCGUCUCCCAAUCUUGUGUCGAGAAGUUGAUUUCUGAUAUGCUUAAGGGCGGCAAUCCUCUUACUGUGGGAGUGGGUAUCGUUAUCGAAGUUAUCAGGAAGAACAACUCCGAUUACGACCCAGAUGUUGGUGUAGAAGCCAAUCCGACCCCUUCGAGUCGGGACCCCAUAUAUCUGGGUACGCUGCUCCGCAUGUUCGCUCAACGAGUUCCGGAUUUCAUGGAGCUGAUUUUGAGCCCCAAUCACACGAUUGGAGGUGGAGAUGGCCCAGUUACUAUUAGAAGAAAGGAAUUGAACGCAGCCUUCGGCGGCAAGAUCGAGCCUCUGGGCUUCGACAGGUUCAAGACUUGUGAAUUGAUGGCGGAGCUCCUACAUUGCAGCAAUAUGGGCUUGCUGAACGAGGUAGGUAGCGAGGAAUUUGUUAGGAAUCGGGAUGCGGAGAGAGAAAAACUGAGGGCUGAAGGCAAGCUGGGAACUUCCGGAAGCCAAUCUGGGCUUUCGAGUGAUGACUUAACGAUGAAAUCCUCAAUACUUACUCGUCUUGGGUCACCGGACGGAUCAAGAAAGCUGGAAGUGCAGAAUGCGUCUGAUGAUGAUGGAUUUGAGGAGGUCACUCACGCAGCGGAUCUCGGGGAUGACGCGAAGGAUGAUUUUGAUGAAAAGCCCGAGCCGGGAGAGGAUCUUCUUACCCCUACUACGAAUGUUACGCCCCUCUCAUUUAUGGACAAGGAUGACGACGAAUUUGUUGACGAGCCCCUGAGUUCUCCCCGAUUAAAAACCGAUUACACGCCCCACCUGGAUGAUCCCGAGAUGGCAGUGAUGCCUCUUUCGCCUACCAAGGAGCUUUCUCAACGAGUAGACUUGCUCGAACUUCAUCAAGACACAACCAUGAACUCCACACCCCCUUCGGUUGACACGAACACAGGAGAGAGCGAAGCUUCGACCACUGGUCUAAGCAGACCUUCACCCGAGUCCCCAAAGGAGUCCUCUGACAGCCCUCCUAAGGAAGAAGAGAAGCCAGCUGAAGAUGAGUCACCGGCAGCAGAAGAGACUCCAGUAACAGACGCAAUGGAAUCUGUGGCACAUCCAGAGGACAAGCCUGCACCUUUGUCUGUAAAGAAGGCCGAGGUUGUAGAGGACUCAGUCCAACCUCCCACGGCUGAAGUGAACCAGGGCAUGGAAAGUCUUGACACGACCAUGGGAGAAGCUGGUGAUAGUUCCGAUUCGAUCUUGAUGGGCAACACCGAUGAACACAGUCAUCAAUCUUUACCAGAAGAUGCACAAGCAGCACCAGUUGUGGGUGACUUCCUCAAGAUGCAAUUUGUUGAGCACAAAGUUGUUCCAACAAUUUUAGAUUUCUUCUUUCGAUUCCCUUGGAACAACUUUCUCCAUAAUGUCGUCUAUGACGUUGUACAACAAGUAUUUAAUGGGCCUAUGGACCGUGGCUUCAAUCGAUCCCUAGCUAUUGACCUUUUCGAGACUGGAGACAUCACAAUGCGCAUUGUGGAUGGGCAGAAGAAGAGUGACGAGGCACAAGCCAAGAGCAGGAUGCGAUUAGGGUACAUGGGCCACCUUACACUCAUCGCUGAAGAGGUUGUCAAAUUCACCGAACGCCAUCCGCCCGAGUUGCUAUCGGAUUCUGUAUUGGACAAGGUUAUGAACGGCGAGUGGGUGACGUACGUAGAGGUCACUCUUGCGGAAACGAGAGAACGAGACAAUGCCAUUCUUGGUGGAGUCAGACCCGAUAUGUCAGUUGGACCGCGGCAAGCAGUCAUGAACGCAGUCAACGCGGCAAGUAACUUCGGCGGAGCUUCAUCCGCACUAGCAGAUGCAGGCCUCAAUGGCUCGGUUGGGCUGGACAGUAUCGACCUCGCAAACGGUAACGGCACAUCAACAUUCACACUCAGCGGCGGAACUCUCCUAAGUGGAUUUGGAAGCUCGAGCGAUGAAGAAGACGACGAGAUGGAUGAUGACAACGAUGAGGAAGGAAGCAGAAGUGGUGGUGGUGGCGCAGCUGAAGUGGGUCAAUCUGUUCCUCCAGCUCCCAAUCUUAACAAGUUUGACGACGAAGAAGUCGAUUAUGAAUACCUGGAGCAGCUCGACCGCGAGACCCCCUUGUUUCCCGAGGGCAGCGUCCGCGAUGACCCUGCUCCAUUGAGCGCGGGACUCAGCUCAUUCUCCCGCUACAUCUCCACGCCAUCCACAACCACCGCCACCACCUCCGACCUCGAGCCGCCAUCCGCCCCUCCACCACCGCCCCCUCCCCUCAACAUCCCGCCUUCGCGGGCGCGUCGCCAGCUCGCUGCUCGCCUCGCCUUGCAUAGCAAGCAGAACGCUGAUGCGGUUGCUGCCAACGGCGGCGGUGAGUUAGAUCGAGAUGGGGAGCAGGAGCAUCAGAGGAGCCUGAACCCGUUCGCGACCGAUGAAGAUGAUGAUGACUCUGAUGGAGAUGAGGGCGAUUUUAGCAUCGGUGGUGUGGAUUCGCACAGCUUGCUGGCGGGGGAGGGCAAGGGAGGGGGAGGGCAAGGGGAAGGGGGAAGAAAUGUGGGUUUCCCCAGCACUGAUUUCGAUGCUCCUCGUUCCGACGCGUCUACGUCUUCUUCCGCCCCUGCACAUGCAUAUACCCAUAUACCAAGCUCACAUCCAGCCCCAACUUCACGUCAUGUCACUUCGUCGUCAUCCUCAUCAGUGGAAGGAGAGGAAGAAGAAAAUCAGGAAAGGGAAAUUGGCGCUGGUGGUGUUGCUGUGGGAAAGAAACACGCACAAGCACAAGCAAACACACUCGUCAUUCUCCCUUCCACAACCUUCCACCCCUCCCCCGUCUCCCUUGGUAUUGGCGUCGGGCUCGGACGCAAGAGCUUUCCCUCAAUGUGGCCCUUUGGCGCCACCUCCCCCAAGCUCAAGCUCAAGAGCACGAGCACAAGUACCAGAGACAGCGAUGAUGGCGGCGGAGACUUGAGUGGCAGUAGUGGUAGUGGUGGUGGCAGUGGGAGUAGUGAAGCGCUUGCUAACACCGACGAGGUACAGAGCGAUGAUGGUCACAGCAACAGCAGCGAUGACGAUGACAGCGAUGGCGGUUACGGCCACGCUGUCAAGUCCUUCCGGGACGUCGAGGCGAGUCAUGGCCAGGCGUACGGAAGUGGGAAUGGGAGACCAGAUUUCGGCCGGGGCUUUGGAAAGGGGUUUGGGACAAGGAGGUUGAGUGUUACGACAGAGGCGAAGAGAAGGACGAGCUUGGAGGAUGAUGAUGAGGAGGAAGAGCAGGAGGAGGAGGUGGAUGGGCUCAUGGUUGAGGGUGAAGACGGAGAUGGGGAUGAGGUGGUACAUGUUGUGAUGAAGGAGUGUGAUGUCCGGGAAGGUGUCCAGCAGAGUCUUGGGCUUGGCUCCGGGGCUGGCUCUGGGGGAGAGGGAGCUGAGAGAGAGUCAGAGGGCGGGGGGGCCUAG